GGUCAAAAUUUGACUUCUGGUAGUUCAGAAAAUGGGGAACUAUAUUAUGAAGAAAUCUACAAUCAAAACAUGGAGGAAGAUAAACAAGUUAAUAGAUUACACAAUUUGGCAGAAGGUGGGGCCAGGAUGCAAGAUAGUUGAAGAUCUUGCAGCUAAACCAAAAGAUGAUCCAGAAUUUGACUACUCUGAUCAAAAUUCAGCCUCAGCUUGUUUUGAAAACUGGAAACAUUUUAAUGAGGUAGCCUACAAUCAAAAUACAGAGGAAGAUAAACAUUUAGACGAUAAUAGAUUUGAAAAUUUGCUAGAAGACGGUUCAGAAAAUGAUGAACUAAAUUAUGAAGAACUGUACAACCAAAAUACAGAGAAAGCAAAAGAUUUAAAAGACUUGCUGGAAGAUGGUAUGGCUGAAGUAUCUGUACAAGAAGAAGCUGAUGAAGUUGCCAAACCAAAAGAUGAGCAUUCAACAGAAGAAGAGACAACAACAACCGAUGAAGACGAUGAUAAUUUGGGCGACGCAGAUAUCGAUUAUGACUUGGACGAAAUCAAAAUUUACAAACAUGACAAUCACACAAAUGAGAUUUUCCAAACUUUAAAUGAAUUUAAAGAUGCCCAGAUUCUGACCGAUCUCGAACUGUCAACAUCAGAUGGGAAAAGUAUCUAUGUUCACGCCAUUGUAUUUUCGGCAGUAAGCUGCACAGCAAGGAGGUUUCUCAGUAAGCAGAGCGGCUGGUUUUGGGACAGAAAAACUCAACUAAUGAAACUUGGUGCAGAAGUGGAAUACGAAGCCCUAGAAGCAGUGGUUGAAUUUGCCUACACUGGUGCAAUCCAAGGUCUUAACUCUUCAAAUGUGCUGGAAAUCAAAAAAGCAGCACGAUCUUUAUCAGCAUCGAGAAUCAUGGAAAUCUGUGAUAGACAACUGUCCAAAAAUAAAGAAAAAAAUAAAGAUAAAAUGGUCUCUGCUUCAACUGAGCUGAGAAGAAAUCUCCAGAAGAUUGAAGAACUUUGGACGAACGAGUUGGGCUGUGAUGUCACACUGGAUCUCCUAAGUGCAUCAUUUCAAGUGCACAAAGUCAUGUUGGCAGCCUGUAGUGACUAUUUCCGUGCCAUGUUCACUUUGGGUAUGAGGGAAUCGUCUCAGUCCAGUGUUUACCUCCAGUUCCUCUCGGCUCCAGAACUCGAAGUCCUCCUCAACUGCUCCUACACCGGGUCCAUCUCCCUCACCUGGAACUCCAUUUUCGAAACUACCAGCACCGCUCUUCAGCUGCAAUACCAACCAGCUCUCAGCCUUUGCCUCAGCUUUCUUCAUCGAGAAAUCAACCCGUUUUGUUGUCUCGAUGUUGCGUCUUUUGCAGAAGCUUUUGGUAUCAUCAAACUGCUCGAUCACGCUGAAGAUUACAUCCUACGUCAGUUUCAGAAAGUAGCCCGUACGCCAAAGUUUAAAGAUCUCCCCUCAAAGCAUCUGCUAAAAUAUCUGAACAGUUUUGCUUUGUGCGUACCGUCUGAGUUAGUCGUUUUCAGAGCAGUGGUUGACUGGAUUCAAGCAAAACCAAAGCGAAGAUUAAAGUUAGCCAAAGAACUUAUGAAAACCAUACACUUUCCUCUGAUGACAUUUAAGGAGUUCAAGGAGGUCCAAGCUCUCAAAAUGUGGUCGAAUCAUAGCUUACAAGAAUUGUAUGAAGCCAUUUUUGAUGAUUUCUGCUCAAAUGAAAUCGAAACACAAAAUCAAUGUCGUAUUUAUGUACCAAAGGAAAGUCUGGUCCUGAGCGGAGGUGAUCAGAUUUCAGAAGAUCUAGGAACGCGAAGUAUCAGUAAAGAUUUGUGGUUUGGGAAUUCACUGAGGAACCACAUGGGGAUUAAAAAGGCGAUGGAGUGGAGGAAGCUGGGGGAGAUGCCGCAGCCUGCCCGGUUCAGCCAUGAGGUCACAGUGAUCGAAGGAAAACUCUACCUCCUCGGUGGGAAGAAGUAUUACGGCAUUGGAGACACUCUAAACUCUUUUUUCAGAUACGACCCUCUUGAAAACAGAUGGGAGGAGCUGUGUCCCAUACACCAGGCCAGAUGCUCCUUCUCUAUGGUCGUAUUUGAGUCAAAGCUGUUCGCCAUCGGAGGACAGAGUCACCCAGACUACCUCGAAACAGUGGAACAAUACUGCCCCUCUACUAACUCAUGGAGUUUCACCCGUCCUCUGGAUUUACCACUCGGGGGCCACGUAGCGAGAGUCUUAGCAGGGCAGAUAUUCAUUUCAGGUGGACUCAACAAUGACUAUGAUUGCCUCUCCUCCAUGUUCUCCUACCACCCCGAAAAAGGCAGCACAUACCUGGAGAACAUGGCCCACCCUCGUGCCCUUCACUGCAUGGAGGUCCUGGGCGACUUCCUAUACGUCGCUGGUGGACUCUCUCAGGUGGAUGAUGUUAAUAUCGUUGAUAUGCUAUCUUGUGAAAUGUACAAUCCUCAAGACGAUUCUUGGACUAGUUUUUCACCGUUGCCAGUGCCACACGUAGGAGCAGGGAGCGCUGUUUUGGAGGGAAAGUUUUACGUUUUGGGCGGGUACAGUCAGGAGGAUUACAGCGACACAAAAAUGGUUCAUCGCUAUGAUCCAGCCACACUGCAAUGGGAGAAUAUGGGGAAGAUGCCAGGGCCCAACAAUGAUAUAAAAGCAUGUGUACUGUGCUUACCAGAGCAUUUGAGAAUAUGUCCAGAGUAGAUAGGGGUGAUUAGUACAUUUACUUGAAAAACUUUUAAAUAAAAUUGUACUUCUUGGAGUAGUUUUCAGAUGCCAUACUUUUACUCCUACUUGAGUAAUAUAUUUUACAGUGUAACUUAACUAAAAGUUGUGGUGACAAUUUGAAAUUAAAGGUGCUUUAUUUAAUUUUACUGGUGCUCUAUGGCGCUUUAAGGGGCCCUAAAUAAAAUUUAGCAGAGAACCUGUAGAGAGGCUGUCGACAACAUGGGACUAAGUAAACAAUAUAAACAGCAUAGCUUGAAAUAUAUAGUAGUGAAUUGGACUGAAUACUCUGUGACUAUUUUUGAGGGUUAUAAGCUCUUUUAGAACAGAACAAAACUGAACUGAACUAAAAGUGUGUACCGUAUUUUCCGGGUUAUAAGACGCACUGUCGUUUUCCCGAACUUUUGUCACAUAUAAACCGCACCGGACUAUAAGGCGCGUUAAACGAAACACAACAGUUAGGUAAAUCAGUCAAACUUUAUUUAACGCGUUUACGUUUACGUUAACUCUCAACUUUGUUCAUUUGUAACACGUAAAAAACUAAAAAUUGUCUGAGACCCAUAAAUUGUCAGCGUAUUCACAAUAACUCAUAAUUGUUCGGUUAUAAUUAAAAAUAACACAUUAGGGCGUUUUCACACCGCUAGUUCGAUUAUUUGGUUCGCACCAGGCAAUAAAAUUGUUAUUAUGUAGCAGAUAGACUCCAGUGUGGUCCGCGUUCACACCUACAAACAAACCAAAACUGGUUCGAUUGACGUGUCUCUGUUUCCCGGGAAAACAGCGAUACCUCCAGUUAUCAACACCGAUGUUCCUGGCCGUCCUCAUCUCAAAUUAUCAUCAUGAACUCAUAAAACAGCAACAUGUCAAACUUUGUACAAACUCACCGCAUCAGCCCAGAGUUCGGGUAACAGCAGCAGCCAACAGUGCUCACGGUAGCGCACAGCUCCUCAGGACGGGGCUGGGGUCUGGUCCUUGGUCUUCUGUCGUCCUACAAGCGCGUUGGUCAGAUGGUCCGGAGGCUCCAUCCUCCAUGUGCUGGUUCCAAACGGUGGCGAGCAAGACCAGUGCUUGAUGGACUGAGUCCGAGCGGGUACGUUCCGUCGUCUGCGCGCUGGUUCCGUGCGGGAAAAGCAAGAAUGCGCUGUGGACUACAGGUCCGGACGGUCCGUCCGUCCUCCGCGUAUUUGGUUCUUCCCAGGGAAAGCGCUUCCUCUGGUCGAUGCUCCCCGCUCCAGCUCCUCUGAGCCCGGCCUGAACCGGAGUCCCCCCGUUUCGGGACUCUGGUUUGGAUCUAGUCAGACUGUAUUUCUCACACUAGGCUAAAAGCAGGGACUUUUUGAAGUUGCAUCAAUUGAAUAGGCUAUUGCCAUAAAAUUAUUUGAUUAAUUAAAGCCUAAAAUAACAAAUGCUGGUUGGUACAUGAUCAUGGGGAACACCGGGACCUCUCUGUGCGUCCAGGUCCUGAACAGACGUACACACCCCCAAUUUUGACUCACUCUGGAGCCACAUGUUCGCACACUGGUACUUGCUCUGAUCUUCGUGUAUUACAUUCUCUGUAUUGGCCAUUGUUGGUAAAAUAAUUCGAAAAUGAAUCGCGGCUGCGUCUGGACAACAAUCUGUUACUGCGCUGGAGUCGCAGAUCAAUAGGGACGGAGAUGUGUGGAAAAAGCCAUCCGGUCUCUUAAGGUAAACUUCUCGCAGCCAGUCGCUCAUCUUUUCCUCGUCCACAGGAAAAAUGAGGAAUCACAGUACUUAUUACUCCGCGAUGCUCCUGACUACGGUCGCCGUAAUGCUGCAAGUGGUGCGGCUUUGUCGUUUACUGAAGUUGUACUGGAACACUCGUGUAAAUUCAUUUAAAAGGCGCUCCGGAUUAUAAGGCGCGCAGUCGUUUUUGGAAGGCCGCACCUAAUAGCCCGAAAAAUACGGUAGUAUUUUGUUGAUUGUAAUGUGCAGCGUUGCCUCCAGAUUUCCUCACCUCAUGAUAUUGAGUCUGUAUAAUGUUUAGAUUUUACUGAGUGGUCGCAAAGAGCAAAUGAUCAACACUCAA